CAAAAAGCGGAAGCCGCGAAAACCGCGCCACGAGUUUAGUCUUUAAUGAUCUUUAAUAGCAUUUUGCAACCUUUUCUAGUCCGUGUCCCGCGUGUGUUUUCAUCGUAUCGUAUUCAUUCAGUCGUGUUCAGUCGUAUCAAGUCUUAUUACAGACAGUGUGCUAUGCAGUGCUAUGCUAGUACACCGUGUAUUAUUUCCUCUAAGCAUAUUCCUACAAGUUUGUAUAAUUAGAUUAACAACACAGUUCUUAAUGGUCCUAUGAAUAUAAAUAAAUCAUGUCCACCUGUAAAAUACAUAAUAUUAAUUUCUAUAAUUUGGAGCCUCGUUCUUUUACUUGUUUGUCUUACGAAUCAAAAACAAGAAAGUUAGCACUUGCGAGAAAUGAUAAUUCCAUUGAAGUCUGGAAUGUUGCGAAUGCACCUUUUGUGGAAUGUACAAUAGCUGGAUGUCAAGAAAACUCCAUAGAGAGUAUUCUAUGGAUCGAUCAAAGACUAUUCUCAACAGGUCUUCAUGGAAUGAUAACAGAAUACAAUUUAACAACAUUGUCUAUUAAAAGCGAGGUUGCAGUCACAGGAGGUGCUGCUUGGUGCAUGGAUCUUAAUCAUGAGAAAACUUGUUUAGCUGUUGGUACAGAGGAUGGAUAUAUCAAUACGUUUACUGUAACCAGCGAUGCACUGAUAUAUGAAAGAAUUUUUGAUAAACAGAAGGGAAGGAUUCUUUGCAUCAAAUGGGACAAUACAGGAGAAAUGAUAUAUACUGGAUCUAUAGAUACAAUUAGAGUUUGGAGUGCUAUAUCAGGCCUUGCAAUUCAUAAGAUGACAACAUCUAGAAAAGAAGCUAAAAAAGAAACUAUUAUAUGGUGCUUAGCUGUUACAGACGAUAAUGUUAUAGUUUCUGGAGAUUCGCGUGGUUGUCUAUCAUUUUGGGAUCCUCACAUGGGCACCUUAAUUGAAUCCCAUGAAAGCCAUACUGCAGACAUAUUAGCUGUUACGUUAUCCCAUGAUAUGAAUAUUGUAUAUUGCGCUGGUGUGGAUCCUGUAGUGAGAAGUUUUUGUAAAAUAAUUACAAAAUCUACUGGGAAACCUCAAUGGGUAAAAGGGAUCGAAAGGCGAUUGCAUGCCCAUGAUGUGAGAGCUCUUGUGGAUGCAGAUGGGAAACUAUACUCAGCCGGUGUGGAUGGAUAUCUAGCUCAAUCAAGCUAUCCACCUAAGGUCCUUGUUAAGUAUCCCCCAUUACUUCAGCCACCAUGUUCCACUAUUUGUAGAAAAUCUAAGUGUAUUUUGUUAAGAUACACAAAUUUCCUUGAACUAUGGAGGCUCGGUUCUCCUGCUAAAGUCCCUCCAGAGUCUGUUCAUCCUGGUAUGAUCCAUCAGUUAGAAGAGGAGCCAAUAAAAUUGCUCCAAUUGAAAACGAAAGGAGAUGAAAAUAUUAUUUCUUGUGCUAUCAAUAAAGACUCUAAAACGAUUGUGUACUCGACCGAGAGUCACGUUAGAGUUUUCAACUUUGAUGUUGUUGAAGGAGUCACGCAAUUGUCGAAGAACGAUUCCGACAUUUCUGCAACUAGGAUACAGAAAAUGUUAUUCAGUCCAAACGGUAAAUUAUUUGUAGCGAUUAACAAUGACGGAAGAAAGAAUACUGUGACAUUAUAUAAAGUAGAAAAGAAGCGUUUAAGGCAUCUUGGUUGUUUCCACACGGAGGAGGAGUCUAUUGUAAACAUUGGAUUGGUUUGCUUCUCCCCUGACAGCAAAUAUUUUGUUUGCGCCGACCGUCAAGGCGCAAUUGCAAUAUACAAUGUUAGCGAAACUGUGAGCACAGAUGCCCCUGCGGCAUGGCUGCUACCCAAGUAUAAUUGUCCUCCAACAGCCAUGGCUGUACAGAAAGACACCCUGAAUUUGGUUGUGGUAUAUUCUGAUCACAAGAUCGUCGAGUACAACCUUCUGCAAAGGCAGUAUACAAAUUUUUCGAACAAUCUGCAAAGCCGAUUGUCGAAGCAAUGGCUGGCGCGGCCUUUCCCUAUAACGAACAUAAUCUUCGAUCAACGAAAUGAGAAUAUUAUAAUAAUGCACGAUGAUUCGACGAUGUAUGUGAUCAAUAAAUCGAACGAGCUGCCGGACAAAGAAAUGAAAAUUCCGAAACGAGAAAACGGCGAGAUCACGGAGGACAGUAGUUCCAUUCUGAGCUCGCAGUCUCAUCAAACUUUCCAAGUUCUCAGAAAGUAUAAGCAUCUGGUUUAUUUGGAUUGGCUAAGUGAUGAAGAAAUGGUUGCAGUCGAUGUCAACCCGAUCGCUUUAACAGAAAAAUUACCGCCGGCUCUCAAAAAGAUGUGGUUUGGGGGAUGAAACUGAGACUCGUUUUAGGGUGACUAAAUAUUGUACAAAGCUAUCGGCAUAUUUUCUACAGAAAUAUUAUCCCGACUGUUUAUAAGUAAACACGUGACGAUCUAUUUUUUAAUGCACCUAUUACAGUGUACAAUACAUUGUAUACAUAAAGCUGUGCAAUCAAUAGUUGGUGCCAA